CUACCUAGAACCUCCACCCUCUGACACCAUGGUUAACUCUUGUUGUGGCUCUGUCUGCUCUGACCAGGGCUGUGAUCAAGGCCUCUGCCAAGAGACCUGCUGUUGCCCCAGCUGCUGCCAGACCACCUGCUGCCGCCCCAGCUGUGUUGUAUCCAGCUGCUGCCGCCCAUCCUGCUCUCAGACUACCUGCUGCCAGACCACUUGCUGUCGCCCCAGCUGCUGCCGCCCAGUCUGUUGUCAGACCACCUGCCGCCCCAGCUGUGGUGUGUCCAGCUGCUGCCGCCCACUCUGCUGUCAGACCACCUGCCGCCCCAGCUGUGAUGUGUCCGGCUGCUGCCGCCCACUCUGCUGUCAGACCACCUGCCGCCCCAGCUGUGGUGUGUCCAGCUGCUGCCGUCCACUCUGCUGUCAGACCACCUGCCGCCCCAGCUGUGGUGUGUCCAGCUGCUGCCGUCCACUCUGCUGUCAGACCACCUGCCGCCCCAGCUGUGGUGUGUCCAGCUGCUGCCGUCCACUCUGCUGUCAGACCACCUGCCGCCCCAGCUGUGGUGUGUCCAGCUGCUGCCGUCCACUCUGCUGUCAGACCACCUGCUGCCGUACAACUUGCUGCCGCCCCAGCUGCCGUGGAUCCUCUUGUUGAACCUCAUAUUGGACUAUCAACCAUGAGCCAGUCACCAUCACAUGAUAUGAAAGUGUCAUUUAUAUCAACUUGUCCAUGUGUUAAAUGGCCAUCAGCUUUAUUAUCCUGUUAUUCCACUAAGUAACUGGUGAAAGGGCAUCCAUCUACAUUUAAUACCACUCAUUUUUCCUGUGGAUCUCUUCCCAGCAUUCAGACCUCAGAUGCAUGAUGCAGUGAAACUAAGCCUCUAAGUCUCUGACUGUUAUGCUUGAUUUGACCUUCAAAAUUACAUAUUAA